GCGUCGCUCUAAUCGUUCCGUGCGGAAAUCGCGUGGCAGCAGCGGACUGGAGGACACGCGCGCGGCAUGUGAAUGACCCGAUCGGACGCGCCGCCCGCAUCGCCCCACGAGUGUUUGGAAUCGGCGGAUGAUCGACGCGUUUCACCGAUGAUCGCGCGCGCUUCGUGUUGAAGGCAGUAGUGUGUGAGUGUGAGUGUGUGUCUCCCUCUAGUGGUCAUGUUGAGUGUUUGCGCUCUGCUGCUGCUGGCGACUCCGGCUGCUCUCGGCUCUGAAUCGGACACACAGAGACAUCGACAUGACUCCAACCUGGAGAUCUAUAAGCGUCUGUUCGAGACCAAGAGGAAAGAUCAGCUCAACGCUCUGAAGAACCUGGUGGAGCUCAAUGACGUCAACCAGCAGUACAAGAUCAUCGACAUCAUGCUGAAGGGCCUCUUCAAGGUGCUGGAGGAUUCGAGAGCUGUUCUUAUCGCUGCUAACAUGCAGCCGGACGAUCCGUUUCCACUCGACGACAAAAUCAAAGAAGCGUACUCUCACGUGGUGGAGAACACGGCCUUCUUCGGUGACGUGGCUCUGCGUUUCCCCCGCAUCGUCCAUCACUACUACGAUCGUAACGCCGACUGGAGCCGCCUGCUGCGCUGGGGUCUGCGCUUCUGCAACCAGACGGGCGUCUUCAGCGGAGGAGCCCAUCAGCACGUGCUCACGCUGAUGUCGCAGGAACUGGGCAUCAUGGAGAAAUCUGCAGACUUCGUCAACCCGUAUCGCACCGAACGAGACGACGUUCUGCACACAGCCGAGGCCUUCCAGAAGAUUCUCCGUGAGGAAGAGAAGAGGAGGAGGAAGGAGGAGAAGAGGAAAGAGAUCCGGAAAGGCCCACGGAUCUCUCGCUCUCGCACCGAGUUAUAGAGGUCACCGUCCUCAGACGAGAGAAGUUUAUACUCAAUCAGGGAGCCUGUGCUGGAUCUCUCACAGGCGUCGACGUUUACAGGUUUCAGAAAGAGUCUCUGAUUCUGAACACUUGAAUCACUUCUGUUUUUAACUCUAUUUGAUCUACAGAGGCUCUCGUUAGAUUCACUGCUGGUAAUGUGAGUGUGUGUUUAGUGCUGUAGCUCUGUACUGGGGUUAGGGGAGGGGCCAUGGGAGUGGGCGGAGUCAAGUUAGCUGUCACUGUGGAGUGGGUGGAGUCAUCAGUGGGAGAGUUGAGAGUGGGUGGAGUUUGUCUGUGUGGGCGGAGUCUUCUUUGUAAGGGUAGAUAAAGUGGGUGUGGUCAUUAUUACAUGGUAGCCCAAGUGGGUGGAGUCAAAGAGGGUUUGUCUCAAAUGAAGGUAUAUUUAACAAUAACUUGAUAAGUUUUGAUAAUAUAAGAUCAGAAAUUGUUUAAGUUCCCACACAUAUGAAAUCCGUUUGUUUAGAUGAAAUAUAAAUGCUUUAUUCGGGGAUCCUUUAUAGUGUAAUAAGAGAAUUGCUGGUAAUUAAUGUCUUUCUGCUUUCUUUAGAAGCUCUUAUUCAUUAAAGAUUUGUAUAUUUGUCUGUGUGAGAAGGAGAGACGGACGAGCGUUGAUGAUCUGACCUCAGAUCAGAGCUGCACUGCCAGAGAAACUCUUUCAUGAUGAAUCUGAAUCAAACUGAUGUCAUUGUGAAUGCGGUUCUGUGCUGAUUCGCUUCAGUUUCUCCGGCUGCUGAAGGUGUUUCAGAUGAUCCACUCACUUCACACAGGCUUUAUCGAUCUGUUCAUGUGACUGUUAUUGGAAUAAGUCUGUUCAGCAUCCGUGGGAGAUUAUUACUGACAGAAUUAAUAAAGUUUAUUGAACAAA